GUGCUGAGCUCCAGGUGCGAGGCGCGCUCAGUGUGGGGUUGCGUUUGAGAGUCUACGUCCCGCGUGAUUUCGAGUUUUCUCUCUCGCGCCCGCCUCUGUGUGCCCUUUGUUAUUUUAUUUUAUUUUUUUUCUGUUUUUUUGUUUUUGGUAUGCGUUUCUGAUCGCCGACUCCAUAGCCUGGUGAGUUACAUGGCAGCCAUGGACACAGACAUGGAUCCCGCGACCAUUCCUCGACUUCACGCUCCUUACGUCUCUCAGGACCAAAAAUACGGGCUCAGUAUGCAGCGCUACAAAGGCCAGCAAUACAGUCAGUUGUAUUUUAUCCGCAUUGUUACGAUUCGGCAACACCUUACCCCCUGCAUCCAGGAACGGUGGCCCUCUCUUCCAGUGUGCAACAUUCUAGCUUUGGAGGAGGACAAAGCUUGCGUCGUCAUAGGGACACUUUACAAGCAAAUGCAGCUGAAACCUUCUGUUCUUGAUGAAUAUUCUAAAGAGAGAUCCGUGGUGCCUCUAGCAUCUCCCAAUAAGUUCACGCACAAAGACGACUAUUUAAUCCUUGAAGAUGAGAGUGGGCGUGUGAAGUUGACGGGAAGUGCUGUUUUGUCUUCAAUGUACGUGACCGGGGUUGUUGUGGCUAUCGUUGGUCGAGAGGAGAAAGAUGGUGAAUUCUUUGUGGAAGAUGUCAUGGUGGCUGGCCUGCCGCCGCAGAAGCCCUUGAAGAAUUCAGAUGUCGACAAAUUCGUUCUGUUUGUAUCUGGGCUGAAAAUUGGCGGUCAUGGUACAAAUCCGCUUGAUCUGCAGCUCCUUGUGGAUCACUUAACUGGCCAUCUCGGGGAAGUGCAGGAACAAAGUUUAAGUUCACAGAUAGUACGCAUGGUCAUUGCUGGUGGUUCCCUCGACUUGCAGACCAGUAUAUCUAAUGGACAGCCAAUGUCGGCAAAAAACCAAAGCAAGCUUGUCGAACCAGUCAAGGAACUUGAUUUAGCUCUGACUCAGAUUUCAGCAGCCAUGCCAGUGGACAUUAUGCCUGGAGCAAAUGAUCCAGCCAAUUUUUCUCUUCCACAGCAGCCACUUCACAAGUGUUUAUUUCCGGGCGCUACCAUGUACAACACUUUCGUUUCAGCUACCAAUCCCCACCAAUUCGAGCUUGAUGAUGUUUUGUUUCUAGGAACAUCAGGUCAGAAUAUUGACGACUUGAGCAAGUAUUCAGAGGCCGAAGACCGUUUAGACUUUAUGGAACGAACGCUAAUGUGGCGUCAUCUUGCACCUACAGCUCCUGAUACCCUUGGAUGUUAUCCUUUUAUAGAUAGAGAUCCAUUUAUCUUGGAGACUUGUCCCCACGUGUACUUUUGCGGUAAUCAGCCUCAUUAUGCAUCUCGGCUGCUUACCGGACCUUCAGCACAGAAAGUGCGGCUGGUUUGCAUCCCCGAAUUUCACAAAACGAGCACAGCUGUACUAGUGAAUCUGAGGAAUCUCGACUGUCACGUUCUGAAACUCUCCACAGAAUCUCUUAUUUUGUAAACAUCUCGGGAUAUUGAGAUUCACUUGCAGAAUGUAAUCAAAAUUCGCUGCAUGAUGAGGAAUUAUAAAUUAUUCUGUGUGGAGCUUCGCCAUGGCGAAUGCUUUUGCAUGGUUCCAAGUUUACCUGUCAACACGAAGCCCCUGAAGCAGAUACAGACAGGCAGGAUUUCCACUACGAUAUUAGAUCUAUUAGUUUUUCCGACCUACGUUUUCAGAAGCUCUGAUCUCGUAAGUUUUUUGAGAUUGAGAACGUCUUGCAUCAAUGUCAAAAGGGUAGUUAUCAUGGUGAUUGCUUUAAUGCUUCUACAUUUUCAAGGUUUUGUCCAAGGGGUUUAUUAUUAUGUGCAGCUCCAGUCAAGAUAUGACCAGAUGAAAUUUCUUAUUGACACUUUUUGUCGAAACCAUAACUUAACCUUCAAGUUCAUUACUGUAAGUGAAUUUAGAACCAACUUGCACCAGCAGAAUUUGAGCUGUAUUUGAACCCAGCAGAACUGCUUAGAAUGAUAUUACAGCUAUUCUAACUUUUUUAGGCCUAUUAACGUAGGAGAGUCGGACUGGUAUUGUUGGCGCUCUUGUUUCCUCACCUUAAGGUCUGAGACGCGGGCUUGUGAAGUGAAUCUUGUCCUUAAUGUGAAGACUAUUUAUCUAAGGAUUGCUUCAUUUGCCUAGUUUAA